AUGGACUCGUAUCAGCUGAACCAUCCCAUCUUAGCGCCGCUGGCAUCGGACGAAGGUAAAGUCGUCGAAACGGCCCUUCAGUGGCAAGCGCCAGCGAUUCUGGCUGGCGCGCCCAAGGACCCCGGGCACCUUGUCUCGGCUCACCAGCAAAUGAUGCACCGCCUAUCGACUAGCAGCAUGGUACCCGCCGUUGUGACAGCUUCGGAAUGUGUCGAUGCGGUGACUCGGUUCCACAAGAUUGCUGCGGAGCAUGACGGCGCACCCAUGCCGGCCUGGGCUCAGCAGAUGAUGCAACAGCAGCAACAGAACAUGCAGCAGUUCCAGCAGAACCUGACGGCGCAGAUGACACAGCUUCAGCAAACUACUGCCAAGUCUUACAACGGUUUGGUCUGUAGCCUUCGAGACAAUGUGAUGCGAAUCCCUAAUCAAGACGGCAUCAAUCCUCCCCCUGUCUUCCCAGGCACACUCGAAGAUUUAAUCAAUCUUUCGGGGCGGAACUGCAACACCUUGCUCACAUUUUACGGGCUCGAGGUGGGGGGCACUGUGAAUGAACGUCGUCUUGAGCUAGGUCUCUAUUUGGGACUACGCGAAACCGCUUUCGGGUCGUCGUUCUACUAGUGAUAGAGCAUCCUGGACGAUUUUCGGCGUCGUAUGCUUGAAGUCUAGAUCCCGUAAAUCCUCUAUAAAUUAUUUGUUGUGCGUUGU